UCCCAGGUUUAACAGUUCGGGGCAAUCACGUGAGACCAAAAUUUGAGAGGCGCUAAAUGGAAAUCAAGUUACCCAGCCAAUUAUGAAUUAUGCUUUUUUGUUUCAAAAGCACUCAGUUCGUUAUAUUUCAAAGAACCAGCUUCUUGAAAUCCAAUUAGGAGACAGGAGCGUUUGAAGGUCAUUCAGGAGACUAUCCACUUAGAAAAAACAGGGUCAGGCAAGAUCGAGUUUAUUAAAAUGGAAAAGAAGAAGGAGGCGUGGAAAAAUCCGGAUUUUACCGCCAGGGCCUACCGGGCAAGCCCCACAAAUGAUUAGCCGGAUCGAGCUGGGAGACGUGACACCACACAAUAUUAAACAGUUGAAGAGAUUAAACCAGGUUAUCUUUCCGGUCAGCUACAAUGACAAGUUCUACAAGGAUGUGCUGGAGGUUGGCGAGCUAGCAAAACUUGCCUAUUUCAAUGAUAUUGCAGUAGGUGCUGUGUGCUGUAGGGUGGAUCAUUCACAGAAUCAGAAGAGACUUUACAUCAUGACACUAGGAUGUCUGGCACCAUACCGAAGACUAGGAAUAGGAACUAAAAUGUUAAAUCAUGUCUUAAACAUCUGUGAAAAAGAUGGCACUUUUGACAACAUUUAUCUGCAUGUCCAGAUCAGCAAUGAGUCGGCAAUUGACUUCUACAGGAAGUUUGGCUUUGAGAUUAUUGAGACAAAGAAGAACUACUAUAAGAGGAUAGAACCCGCAGAUGCUCACGUGCUGCAGAAAAAUCUCAAAGUCCCUUCUGGCCAGAACGCAGAUGUGCAAAAAACAGACAACUGAACAAAUUAUAAAUGAACUUUCUUGCACUUGCUUGUCGCCAAAUAAAAGAGAGGCCCAUUGAUUUUCCCCCGUCUUUUAAAGCUUUCCCCCUUCCUGUUUUGUUUUUCCUAUUUUGUUUCCUUCUCUUCUAAAAAUUUCAGUACUUUCAAGAACUUUUAAAAUUAAUCAUGUUUGAAUUGUUUUAGUUCUCUUUUGUGUGAGGUGGUUUGAUAGUAGGAAGGAGAAGGUACAGAUUUGUUUGGUUUCACACUUAAGAUACACAGUCCCCAAAAUAUGGGUAUCAAUUUCAAAUUUUUGUGGCUUUUAUUUUUUUUUACAUUCUGCUUUCACAUUGAAGGGCAGAGCCUACAAAAUAUUGUAUAUUUCAGAAAAACAAAGAAGCAGCAGCAAUAUCUUGUUCUCUAACUCAUAGACAAGUUUAGUGUGUUUGUGGUACUUUGGGUUUUUAAAGACUGUUUGUGGGAUAAUCCCUAGACAUUGCCUUCACCCCACCUAUUGUCCUUCUGAGUACUAUCUCAGGAAGUGAACCAUUGUUAUCCUUGUAAGAAAUACUAUGCUUUUUUGAUUUUUUUAAGCAGUUAUUUCUUCUCUUCCUUGUUGGCGGUUGAGGGUGGGUGGGAUAAGUAUGGAUAGGUAGUGUUAUUCUCUGGUCUCAGUAUUUGAGUUAAAUUGCUUUUGCUAAUGAAGUGGGCUGGUUGUUAGCAGGUUUAUUUUUCCUGCUGUAAAUUGUUAUUAGUGGCAUUAAAUUUUAGGGGGUGGGCUGGUGAGAUUAAUUUUUUUUAAUAUCCCAGCUAGAGAAAUGGCCUUUAACUGACCUACAGAGGUUUGUUGUGAUUUUACUUCAUAUUUCUCCUAUUCUUAUUCUUCAGUAAACCCACAAUAGUUAGUUUAACCUUAAAAAUGGAGUUGGUGUCCUUAUAGGUCAAUACCCCUAAAUAGACCUGAAGCAGAUGUUGUCUCUUGAACAUAUUAAAAAAUAACCUGAAAGGAAGUUAAAUGGACUUGUGGCACAAUAAAUGCAUUUAAUGUCAGCAAAUGCGACUGUUAAAGAUGUGGCCACUGAGCAUUUGAUUAUAUAGGAAAGAAUGUCUAGACAUUAUUUUUGAGAAUAGCACAGCUGUGGCAUUGCUUAUCUGUUGGAGAACAUCCCAGAUUUGCUUACAUUCUGUGCCUAUGAUAUUGAGUUUAAGGAUUUGGGGGAGGGGGAAUUAUUGAACAUACUGCUUCUUGGAAAAGUAGAAGUCUAGAAGUGUUGAUAACAUAAAUGUCACUGUGAUCUCCUCUACUAACAGGACUGGUUUAUGCCAGAUCAUUUUCUGGUAUACAAGGAAUGGCUUUGACAGGUUGAUAACAUUUGAAAUUUUUGUGUUUUCCUCCAUAGUCCCACCUGCAAUAUUUAAAAUAUUUUAGAUUGCCAGUACUGGUGGCCUAAGAAACAUUCUCUUUAGACAUUAAAACAAUGCUGCACAAGGCUUUUCUGUCACUUGACUUUUAAAGGGAGAUUGAUCCAUAGUAUUUAUUCUCAACUAAAAUUCUGGCUUAAAAAACUCAUCUCUCCAAAUAUUUUAAAGGACAAAAUUAUUAUUUUACACAACACUUACCCACGUUUUAUUUAAUCUUCUUAUUUGAGAAUGUGAAAGUACAAUAGACUUCAUCAGUCUUAAUUGAGUGCCAAGAAUAAUACAGAAAAGAUAGUUGAUAAAUGAGUUUAUAGGGUUCUAAUCUUUAAGAUAGUACAAAUAGAGAAAGGCCAUGCUAGUUUCUUGGGUAUCAGUUGCUUAAGCAGUCCAAAUCUAAGCUUGGAAGAAAAGUUUAGCAUUAAGCACCUUCACCUUCAUGGAUUAGCUUCAGCAUGCUCUUGCCAAGAGAACAGUGCAUGAGUUACAGAAGGCAUAAUUAGUUUGGAGAAUUCAGCCUUUUUGUAAACUUCCAGAUAUCAAGAUUUUGAUAUAUAAAUGAGUUUUCUGAGAUGACACUGCCUCUUUCUAUAACCAUUUCACCUGGACUAUCAGUCCAAUGAAUGUAUCCCUAAAUGUGGUUAUUGAAAACCAAAUAGCUGCCUCAUGACAAUUUAGUACAUGUUAUUUAAGGAGGGAAAAAUAUAAAUUUUGAAUUGAUUGUGUAGGCUCCCUAUCAUUAUAGUUUCUUUUUACACACUAGUCAGUGAAUUAACCUAAACUGUAAAUGUUUUUAAAGGGUUAAUUGUCCUGCAUCAAACUUAUAUUAAAUAAUUCCAUCCAUUUAUGGAAGAGGAGGAUAUAGAAGAGGUAGAAGCUGGGCACUAGUUCAUAUGCCUGUGAGUGAAUAAAUAUGGAAAUGUCCCAUGUUGAGUUGACUGUUUUGAUAUGUGAUAGAAAUAAUCAUUAAGGCAAGACAGUUUCAUUAAGGUAAGACAUUGGAAGGUCACAGGUUACAUCCAUCAUAUUUUUCAGAACAUAGCUUUUACUAUGGGGCAAAUAGGUAAAAAUUAUACUCUAUAGUAAUUGCAUUUAGGUUCUAAAGAAAAUAAUCUGCAGAGAAAUCUAUGCAAUACAUAGUUUGUCCAGAUUAGUUUUCAUUUGAGGAAAGAAAUUCUGAAAUCUUCCUAAAGCAGUUUGUUCACCAAUUGAAAGUCCUCCAAAAACACAACUAUUGGGAAAUGAUGGUGUGUCGGGUGGAAAAGAAAAGCUCCCUCAGUUUUUUGGAGGGAAUAACUUUAAAAAUACUUAAAUGGCUAAGUUUACUUGGUGCAGUUAAGAAUUAAAACUUGUUGAUUUUAACAUUGCUGUUACAUCUGAAAUAAACUUAUGUAAUGUUCUGGUAGUAAUCUGUGAUGUCUGGUAAAUGUCGAAGAAAACCCCUGCAUUGUGUUGAAUUCUGAGAUCAGCUCUAUAUAGUCAUUACUUACUCUUGCCUAUUCUGUUUUAUUUACCUUCACCUAUCUUUAAAAUCUAAAAUUUAAAACUAAAUAGGCCUAAGCCACCUAAUUCAGACCUGAAACUUGCUAGAAAUACUGCCCCAUAUUACAAUUCAGUCCCAAUGAGGGGGGGAAAAGUGGAUAGGAGCUGUCCUACCGCUGCUAUAGUUUGGAUAUAAUGGUUAACAACACCACCUAAUGCUUCAGGCUGUGAUCUAAUUAGAAGUGUGCACUAACUACAGAUAAUGUACUUUCCAAAUUUCUUUUUGUUAGUAGUUUGGAAGGAGUAUCUGGGAAUUGUUUUUCAGUUUUUUUCCUAAAUAGCAAACAAACAUGAAUUUAAAAUUUUGUCUGUAACAGAAUUCAGCGCUUAAUAUCUUAGCCCAAAUUACUGUAAUUAAAAUCUUGUUUAUUCGAGAACCAGUGGAUUCUCUUUGCUCAGUGUAUCACUGAUCACUGUUAUCACUCUGUAACACAUCAUCCCCAAAUUUAAUUUAGCAGCUUAAAAUAACAUUACUGCCAAUUACAAUUUCUGAGUCAGGAGUCUAGGAGCAACUAGGCUUAGCUCUGGCUUGAGUCUCAGCAAAUUGCAGUGGAACUGUUAGCCAGAGCUGCAUCAUUUUAAAAGCUUGACCAGUAUGGAGGAACCACUUCUAAAAUGACUCACUUAACGUUUAUUGGAGGGACUCCUGUUAUGUGGGUGUCACAGCUAUCUGAAUACUGGCAUCUGAUUUAUCCCAGAGCAAGUGACCCAACAGUGAUCAGAAGUCUUAUUUUAAGACUCAGCUUUAGGAGUGACAUGCCAAUUAUUUCUGCCAUAUUCUGGUGUUCGCACAGACUAACCAUUGUACUAGUCUGUUACAAUGUUUGAGAGAACUAAACAAUGAAUUAAUACUGGGAGGUUAAAGUACCAUUAUCUGCUCUGAGAUACAGUUUCCUGAAUGAGGAUUAGAAAGCACUGCACUUAGCUAUUUCUCAGUAGUAAAAGAAAGGGAGUGGGCCUAGAAGUUCUCUUGCAGUUGGGUUUUUAGCUGGGUGGUGGUGUAUAUUAAUCUGUCUCCUAGAGUGUUGCUGUCCGAGGUUGGUGAUUUGAACAACCCUGGGGAGUUAGGUACUGCAGUGAGUAGGAGCGGUGAGCAUAUGAGAACUGUUCAGGGAAUGAAUCUUAAGGCCAAGGGUCCUGAAUUGGACUAACCUUGCAAAGUUGUACCACAGGAACCUACUUCAUGAUGCUCAAGUAACAACCAUGUGAGAAAAGGCGUGAGUGAACAUUUUCAAAUGUCGGUGUAGUUACCUUGAUAAAAUGCUGAGUAAUAAGAAGUCAGAAUAAUUAUGUUACUAGGGCAGUGUAAGGGGCAGGA